AUGGACCGUUUGGAUCAAACUGUCAAUUUGAAAGUGAAAAUCACCAAUUUGUUGGAUCAAACCAUUACUGCAUCGAUCUAUGGUUUUUCAGCAAGCCAGGAUGUUUUAGCAUUGAAGGUCUUCCCCGCUAACGGCAACAAAAGUACCGAUGUGUACAAAAUCGUUAAUACUGCCUUCAUUAAGUCAGUGCAAGUUUUACCACCGUUGCCAAAGAAGGGACAGAAGCUACAAACUUGUAACGGCAAGCUCACAAAGGUAGACAUUAACCAAUUCCAAAGCCAUCUAAACAAGCUUAUCGACAAGAGUAAACAGAUGUUGCCUCUGGCAGAAAUUACUACUGAAGAAACAAAAGCUCCCAAUAAAGAACCAGAGAUCAGCCCGUUGGCACGAAAACUUUUUAGUAAGCUAACAGAAAAGCUUGGACCUGAGAAUGUGCAAUGGCAUGGCAAUGAAUCGAUGCUCCUUUUCAAAGAGAUUAUUGUUUCCAAGCCUUAUGCGUUAAACAAAAUCAGCCAUUCCAAGAGAUCCCAAUCAUCAAAGCACAUUAAUAAAGUCAAAAUUGCAUUAAGAGAUACAUGGUUAGAGAUUGAUAAUGCAAAGCGUGGAGGCUGA